AUGGCCCCUAUGUACAUCUUGGCAACGCAGAUUUCUCCAAUGAGAACGACUUGCGCAUUGAAGUUGAGAUGCAUACGCACUUACGAGGUUAGGGAACGGAGGUCCAGUGAAGUUGUGAAGUGUCGUGAGUGUGUCUUCCAUGAUAUUGAGGGUAAUGUGUUACAUGCUCACAUACCACGCGAGCAUGUGGUUAAAUUUCAAAACCAGUUCGUGGAAGGAAAAGUUUAUUGUCUUAAAAAUUUUCUUGUGGUCACUAAUUUCUAUACUUAUAAGACAAGUAACAACAAAUUUAUGGUGAAAUUUAACUACUCUACGAUUGUCAAACAAUACAAGAAUAUAAAUUUUCCUAGGCAUAUGUUUCGUCUCAAAAGCUUUAAAGAUUUGAAAGCUGCUGACCAGGUUGAUGAAAAAGAACUCAUUGAUUUCAUUGGAAGGAUUGUUGAAAUUUAUUCACCUAUAGAAAAGGUGAUUGCUGGAAGACCUUCUAGGUUAAUUGAUUUCCUAAUAGAGGAUGCCAAUGGUGAUGAAAUGAAGUGCACCGUUUGGGACGACCAUGUGGAUAAGGUCGACUCUUGGGUAAAAAGUUGUUACAACACUGGUGACACUAAAAUCUCAAGCUCCUAUGAUGCAACUCAAAUAUUUAUCAAUGAAGACAUUCCUGAAAUCCAUGAAUUUAGGGAGAGAAUAUGUGGUGAGAAGACUCCUUUGCGUAGUAUUUGUUCUAUGACUAGCCUGUCUGCUGCAAAUACUCUUGACACAUUCAACAGUGGUUCUAUGAUUAUGAGUACCAUUACUGAUGUCUAUGACAAGAAACAGUACGGUGACUACUGGGUUGUUGCCAAGAUAGUGGGGAUAGAAGGUGGUUUGGACUGGUGUUAUAACUCAUGCAAGACGCAAGGUUGCAGCAAAAAAUUGACCUUAAAUACUAAGGGCUUUUAUGACUGCUACAAGUGUAAUAGGACAUGGGCUGAAGGAACCUUAAGAUAUAGGAUUAAAGUGAGGGUUGUUGAUAGGAAUGGUAAUGCACCAUUCCUAAUCUGGGACCGUGAGUGCAGGGAAUUGAUAGGUAUGUCAGCUGCAGAUCUGAGAGAUAAAUAUCCACAGGAAAACCAACUACUACCCAAUGAGAUUUUAUCCUUGUGUUCCAUGACACUAAUAUGGAAGAUUGCUGUGAGGAAAGAACAGUUUGAUAACCUUCAUAAUGCAUUUGGUGUUAUGAAGAUAAUUAACGACACCAAAUUGAUUGAUUCAUACUGUCCGGAAUUACUUGACAACUUUGACAAUGAUCCAACUUCUAAGCUUGAAUCAAAUGACUGCUUUGAAUCAGAUGAGGAAUUUCUUUCUGAAGGUGAGGCUGAAAGUCCACUAGCUAUCAAUGCAACUGUAAAGGAUGUUGUGGACCUAGACUCUGGAGUGGUUAAGCGCUCUCUUUUAGAUGAAUUUUCAUCCACCAAGAACACAGCAAAGAAAAUGCUUUUGGAAGUCAAGUUGGAGAAGACAAUUGAGGAUACCAUUUAA